AAUGGAAGUCGGCGAGGUGAGGUGAAUUUGGGGCGGAAGCAUACACGAAUUCUUCAUUUCGGCAGUUGAUUUUCGUCCAAAAAAGGAAAGCCAAAGACAUAUCUCGCCCUCUCUCAGGGAAGAGGGGGUUACAUGGAUUCACUCUACCCUCUACCUCAUACUCGUGUGCUCAGCCGUACACCUACUCGACACACUUCUUGUCUCCCCAAAACUCAGCAUAAACCAUCAAAAUGCGAGAUUCAAGAAAGCGGCACCAACCCCUCUGCGUUUUCAUGCUGACGGCACUUUCAAAAUCCUCCAAGUAGUUUCUAGAUAUCAAGAAACAUGAUUCAGUUCAUGUGGAGGCUAAUAAUUUCUGGGCCUGUUUCUGUUUUUUUGUUUCCUUUUCAGUGAUUGAAUAUAUUGAUGGGUUUUGGCUUGUGAUGUAGGUGGCAGAUAUGCAUUUCGGGAAUGGGAAGUUGACUCCAUGUCGGGAUGUGUUGGACAGUGAUUAUGCUGGCUGUUCUGACCUUAACACAACCAGGUUUCUUGAGAGGAUGAUUCAGUUGGAAAAACCUGAUUUUGUUGUUUUUACUGGAGACAACAUAUUCGGGUCGACUGCUAAUGAUGCUGCUGAAUCCAUGUUGCAAGCUUUUGGCCCAGUUAUGAAAUCAGGAAUCCCUUGGGCAGCUGUUUUAGGGAACCAUGACCAAGAAUCUACGAUGACUCGUGAAGAACUAAUGUCGUUCUUAUCCCUCAUGGAUUAUUCUCUAUCACAAACGUUUCCAUCAGUUGAAUAUAGUGACCAUUCCGACAAAGUGGUUCCAGUUCCAAAGAUUGAUGGCUUUGGAAACUAUGAUCUCAGAAUAUGGGGUGCUCCAGGUUCCAAUUUUGCAAAUAGUACUGUCCUCAAUCUUUAUUUUCUUGACAGCGGGGACAGAGCCGUUGUUAAUGGGGUUCGAACUUAUGAUUGGAUCAAAGAAUCUCAGCUUAAUUGGCUCCGUAAUGUUUCACAGAAACUUGAGGAAAGGAAGCUGGAUAGUGACGAAUCUUCAUCUGGAACAUCUCGAUAUUUAGCUGCCAUUCCAUCAUUAGCAUUUUUCCACAUCCCGAUCCCUGAAAUGAGACAAGGUCCUAUUUACAAUCUGGUUGGUCAUUAUCGAGAGUACACAGCAUGCUCCCUUGUAAACUCUGGUGUGCUCAAGACGCUCGUAUCCGUUGGAGACGUGAAGGCCGUGUUCAUAGGCCAUGAUCACACGAACGACUUCUGUGGGACUGUAGGAGGCAUAUGGUUUUGCUAUGGGGGAGGGUUCGGAUAUCAUGGUUAUGGGGUCGCUGGGUGGGCGAGACGAGGCAGAGUGAUCCUGGCUGAACUCGAGAAGGGGGAGCAGUCGUGGGGCGGAGGGAAGAUGAUCAAGACGUGGAAACGGAUUGACGAUGAGGCGCUGAGCAAGAUUGACGAGCAAGUUCUUUGGGAGAGAUAAUGAUGAUGAUGAUGAUGCUGUCAUUCUCAAUUCAAAUUGGAUGUAAAAUGUUUUGGAUUGAAGCUUUAAGGUAGUACAUUUGUAAUUUUACUAGUGUUUGGCAUUGUUAGAAUGGAAUCUUGAUUGGCUAGUUUUAAUUGAGGAUUGAUAAAAACCUAAUUUGUUGGAUUUUAAUUAGUGAUUGAUAAGACCCGUUAUUUGGUAGCUAAAA